AACAGUCGGAGUGGUACGUACAUAUGUCAUCCAGUGAUGACUUUCAUGAUGGCCGCCACCUAAUCCGCCACGCGCCGAUUUCCAACUCGUGAUAUACACACUGUAUCAAACCCUCUUGAUUUUUCAUAACACGAUGCGCUGGACACUCUCUUCUGAAAGCCACCCACAGUGUAAGUGAGGCUAGAGAUGAGUAUGGUGAGGAGUCAAGGCAGCUCCGUCGCGGCGAUGCGUACCCUCUCUUCUUCCUCCGCCACUUCUCGCUGUUCCACUCAACGUUCCGCCGCUAAUUCUUCUUCCUCAGAUGACACGAAUUGUGGUACGCCAACAUGGAUCGGGAAGGGGCUUACUUGUGUUUGCUUCAAGGCAAAGGGAAAUUAUGAAAGGGUCUGCUUGAAUCUGACACCCCUGCAGGAGGAAAGGAUGAGAAGGUUGCAGCGCCGGAUGAAGAUUUACUUUGAUUCUUCUAGGCCAGAUCACCAGGAAGCGCUGAGAGCUCUAUGGUAUGCUACAUAUCCCGGUCAAGAGCUUCAUGGCUUGGUAUCUGAUCAGUGGAAAGAGAUGGGAUGGCAGGGAAGAGAUCCAUCCACUGAUUUCAGAGGUGCUGGAUUUAUUUCUUUGGAGAACCUCUUGUUCUUCGCAAAGACAUUUUCGACAUCUUUCCAGUGCCUAUUGAACAAGCAAGGAGGAAAGCCAGCUGCUUGGGAAUAUCCAUUUGCUGUUGCCGGUGUAAAUAUUACAUUUAUGAUCAUGCAAAUGCUUGACCUCGAAGCCACGAAACCAAGGUCCUUUAUCAGGGCAGUUUUCUUACAGAUGUUGUUAGAAAGCGAGUGGGCUUUUGACUUGCUCUAUUGCGUCGCCUUCAUGGUUAUGGAUAAACAGUGGCUUGAGAGAAAUGCUACAUACAUGGAAUUCAAUGAUGUUUUGAAAUCAACUCGAGCUCAAUUGGAGAGGGAAUUACUAAUGGACGAUGUCUUGCGGAUUGAAGACAUGCCUUCUUACAGCCUUCUUACUUGAUAGUAAUUGAUAUUUAAACGACCUAGAAGGCUAGAAGCAUCCCUGACUGACCGUAAAAUUGUACAAUCUCUCUCUCUCUCUCUCUCAGAGUAAUGGAAUCCAUAACUGCAUUUCAUUAGCACAAUCUGUAAUUAGGUUGUUCUACCAUCCAGCCUCUGUAGGUGGACUGGAGUUUUUCCUUUUGGCAGUACCACAUUGAGCUUAUGAGAAUUGUCAUGAAGGGUGUUGAGGAAAGAAAAAUGAUUGCUUAAAGCAUGGAGUGUGGAAGCUUAGAUAAAAAUUCGAAAUUACAAGAAGUUUAACCAAUUAUAACAAUGUUGACUUUCACAUCUAAAGUCGAGGUAGCAUCUUUUCCAACGAUGAA